UGCGUGUGUCGGUUGCUGCUGGUUCUUGCCAUUAUCGCAUCGUGCGUUGUGGUGGUUGUGACACAAACUGGGGGUGGAUGCAUGUGAGACGCGUGGUGCACACAGUAGGAUACAGCGCGGCACAGCAUACCAUCAAAGUGGGUUUGUGGUCCCAUCUGCUCGCCUCCUUUGCAUGAGCCUGUCCGGAAGGGCCGAGGAGGCCAGUGCACGGAGACGAUCAGCGGAAAGUGCACCCCAAACCAGCAGCCACUCCACAGCGAACGGCACGAGUGGUGGCAGCAGCACCAACAACAGUAGCCACGGGAGGAAGAAGCACAAAACGAAGAGUAAGAAGCACAAGAAGAGCAGCAACCACCGUGACCCAGACACAAAGCUGCAGUACCUGGGCAGUGCUGAAGCCAGCAAGAGCAGGCGCACCAGCAGCAGCAGUGACCGCGACAAGCACAAACACAGUCACAAGAGCAAACACAAGCACAAGCACAAGCACAAGAGAAAGCACAAGCACAAGCACAAGCACAAGCACAGGAGCAGGGACGCCAGCCCGGAGCGGCGACACUCCAGCCAAUCUCGCCACUCGCACUCACUCACCCCGCCAACAAGCACAAGCAAGUUUACGGUGAGGCGGUGCAGUCCAAGCGCUGACAUUCCAACAGCGCAUCGACGCCCAUCAAGAGACGUCCGUCACGUGAGGCCGCCAAAGCCGCUCCCUGCACGCCGUAGCGACGACAAACAGCGCAGCAGCAGCAGCAGCAGUAGCCGUGAUCGCGAUCGUGAUCGUGAGUACAGGAGGAGGCGAAGCGGGAGUUACACGCGUUCAAGCUCACGCGCGGACGGCAGACGCUCGUCCCAUCACCGCGACCGGGUACACGACAACGACACCAGCAACAGGUACAGACGAGACACAAAGGACGUGAAGCACAGGAGCAACGGCAACAACAACAGCAGCAGCAGGAGCAGCACGUCGCGAUUGGAGGAUUCCCAGCAGCUCGCCAGCCGCUCAAACACACACGCACACGCGCGUUCGCCGUCACCAAAGCGCGCCGUCGUCAAGAGGGGAGCAACUACCAACACCAGCAACACCAACAGCAACAACACCACUAGCAGCAGCAACAACAACAAGACAGUCCAAGCACGAGUACGGUCGCCGUCACAGCAGCAGCGACAGGAGCAGGAGCAGUUGGCGGAGAGGAAGAAGAGGCCUGUGGUGGACUUGUCUGCAUUUCGUCAGAUUCGAUUCCAUCAGGAAGGGAUGGCGGAUCGCGCAGACAACAGCGAGGGCACGCGCGCGCACGCCAGCGCUGUGGCCACCACCACUGUCGAUGGUGAUGGUGGUGGUGGUGUCAAUGGAGGGGUGCAUGAGCAGACUGCUGGCGAUUUUGGUGGUGAUGAUGAUGAUGGAGCAACUGAGACUGUGCCAUCGCAGCGCACGACCGCGACCGGUGGUAGCAGCGACAAGCCAACCGCGCCAUCAACAACAACAGCAGCACCAGCGCAGCAGGAACAGCCCCGCGUGAACGGCAGCGCAUUCAAACAGCAGCAGCAGCAGCAGCAACAGGAUGAUGAUGACGAUGACGAUGAUGAUGAUGACGAUGGUGGUGAUGGUGAUGACAGCAGUGACAGCGACAGCGAUGGUGAUGGUGAUGGUGAUGAAGACAACAUGACGGCGUUGCAACGGGUGCUGGCACAGGCCGCAAAGGAGGAAAAGAGCGACAGGCGCAACGGAACGCAUGUACGCGAGCCGGCCGCAACAGCAGCAGAUGAGCAGGUGACACGUGGCAGUGAAGGCAGUGGGGGCGUGGCCGAGAAAGGACAGGAGGACGAAGAGGCCGAAGGAGUGGUGACGUCAUCCGUGCACCGGCCCGCUGUUCCGGAUGAUGACGAGAGCGACCAUGUGGUGGGCAUGUGCGUGGAGUGCGAGGACAGGCCGGCCAAGGUGGACUGUGCUGAGUGCAACGAUGAGUACUGUGACGCAUGCUUCACCAUGCUGCACAGGAAAGGCAAACGCGCGUCGCACACGGCGAAACCAAAGGAGAAAGUGCUUGACAUGACAGCACUGAAACAGCAUGCACGGCACCACAGCCACGGUGGUGAAGAAGACGAGGACGAGGACGAGGACGAAGACGAGGACGAGGACGUGUCAGAAACAAGACGCGAUCCGCUUGAACUGCUCUACUUGAAGAGAAACUCCCCAGAGUGGUUUGUUGAGCGCGCCAAGUACAUCCCCGUUCGCCUAACCCUCAAGGAGCGCAAACUGCUUCGCCUGGUGGAGGCGUGCCUGAACGUCAGCCACUACACAGACCUGGUGGACCAUUCGUCCUUCAAGAACGAAGCGCGCCGCACACACAAGCGCGUGCAGCUCCUCUGCUCCUUCCUCACCUCCCUCGCCCUCGGCCAACGGUACGACAUUGGCCAGAAGUUGAUUGGGACGUCGGACUUUGCAAAGCACCAUCGCUGGUACCGAAAGGUGUUUGAGCUUGCGCGGCGGUACAAGAUCAUGAAUCCGAAUCUGAUGCGCACAACAUAUGGCAAGCUCAUCUGGAUGAUGCAGGACGCGCUGGAUGCCGACAUCCAGCAACUCCUCGGCUUCACCAUUCGCGAUGAAAUCGUUACCGUCUACUCGCAGCUGCGCGACGCAAACUGCCUUGGUGUUCUGACCCACCCCGACCUUGCGACAGCAACCAUGGAGAUUCUGCCAGAAGGCAAGACGCGGCCGCAGAUCCAGCGGGAAAUCAAGGCGAAGGAGCGCGCACAGGAGAUCAUCGCCCGCAAGUACCAGAACAGGCACAUGUCGAAGGAUGACAUCAAGUGGUGCCUGUACAGCAUGUCGGACAACAACAGCUAUCUGCGCUGUAACCGCUUCCCCAUCGAUUACAUGAUCGCCUGCCUCAAGAAGUUCUUUGAUCCAGACCACCCAGAGCCAGGGUUUUCGCUUGCGAUUACGGCUGGCACCAACGAUGCACGCCUGACACAUUCGCACCGCAACCAGUACCAAUACGUCCUGCAGAGCCUCACCCUCUGGCGCGAGGUACUCCUGGCGUGGCGUGUAUGA